UUAAUCAAUAAUGGAUGCCAAAAAAUCUGUCAAAUUGAAAACAACGAGACAUACGUCAAUAAAACUUAAAAACUGAAAGAUUCUGAAAAAAAAUUCUCCGUAAUAUAUUAAAUUCACAGUGUUAUUUAUGUUUAAAUAAUAAUUUUAAAGAAACGGAAGAAGAAUACUUUGAAACAGAAUUGAAAGCAUAAAAAAUGCAAGCGGCCAAUUUAAAUGAUGAUAAAUAAGAAGAAAUGAAAGGAAGUAGAGCCGUUCACGUGAAAAAGAGAGACAAUAGAAUCGAUACGAAUCUAUUAAGAGAAUUGCAAGCUUCGAACCAACUCUCGAAUGAGAAAGAGAAAUUUUCAUUAAGAUAUGACAUACCAACUCAAGAAUUUGGAUGCCAGUACGACUGCAAACGGGAUAACUUGAUAUGCACGUGUAAGAACUUAGUGACGCUUAGAAAGAAGCAAGAAGUGAGAUAUUUGGAGUUGCCAAACCAGACUUAUGCAUAUCACAAGUCAAGAAGUUCUACUGACAUCGGCGUCGGUAGUGUAAAAGCUCUGCAGAAGAAGAAAGUUAGAAAGGUGUAUUUGCCGGAGACUGACGAUAGAGGCGUUGGUAGCUCGGAUUGGUCUUCGUUUGUUUCGCCAAAACAUCGCAAUCGGGACAAAGGAAGACAUAAUGAUAGCAAAGAAACCACAUCGAAAUGCGUGGGAGGUAUCAUAGAAUACAACAUUAGUUGCGUCAUGAGCGCGAAACUAUCGCCUAUAGUGCUCACCAUAUCAGGCUCAACGUUCGACCAUGAAUCAAAACUAAACAGAUACUCCGAAAUCGGAAACAAUCCUAUUGUAAAGAAACUCACAAAUACAACAACACAAUUUGAAGAUUUAAUCAACGAAAAUCAACAAGAUGUGAGUAGAGAAGAGAUAGAGAAAGAACAGCCAAUAUCUAAAGUUCAGGAACAUGAAACAGACGGUAAACCGCACGCAGAUAACUCAUAUAAAGCUAAUGAAAGUAUUAAAGAGAAGUUAGACAACUUAGUAAGAAAGGCAUAUUCGUCAGAUUCAUUAGUGCAACAUGUUCACAAUCUCGAGGACCCAAGUGUAGGAAAAACAAGUCAUGACACCGUUGAUAUUGAUCCGGUGUCGAACAAAACAGAGAAGGAUAGCAAAAAGCUAUCAGCUGACAAAUCAAGGUCAAGCGAUUCAAAAUCAACAGCGGAAAGAUCCACAGCUGUCUUAAAAACCCCUUCUUCAUUCAAACGAAGAUUCGAAGCCAUCAGACGUGGUUUAGCUAAAAAGGAAGAUUUGAAAAAGAAUCCUGUUAUUGUUACUAAAGAACUAAGUCAAGAGAGUGUAGUUAGUCAUAAAGAUGUGUCUAUAAACUCAGAUCCACCAUCUUUGGAAGGUCGAUCUGAUUGUAACGUGAGAACAUAUAGCCCAUUUCCACAGGUUUAUGCCAGAGAUAACACUAUAUAUAAUCCAAGGACUCCUCCCUACAGACGGUCUAUGACUAGUAGGAAAGACAGAAGUAGCACUCGGUGGUCAUCCCAUCGUAACGAUGAUGAUAGUGAAAGCCAAGGAGUAAAAUGCAAGUUCAAACUAUGGGGGAAAAAGGGCAGCGUCGAAGAAAACAGCAGCAAGCGACGGUGCACUCCGAGACCUUCGUUCAUCACAACGAGAAAGAGAUUUAACAAGAAAGAAGAGCUUAAAAUAUCAACGAAGUCAGACAGCGAUAAAAAAGAAAGCAGAAGGUUCUUUUUCUUUAAAAAAAAGAACAAAAGUAAUAAUGAAGAGAAUACCUAUAAACCUAUCGUUAGAAAAGGUGUUACCGCAGGACGCUGUGAAGUGAAAGACGGGCUGGUGAUUAAGAUUUGUGGGGCCAAUACUGUAAAAGAGGCAUCAAAGCCAGAAAUCGUUGACGACCGUGGAGAAAUUUUUCGGAAAGCUUGGCUAAAGGAGUUCCUCUCACAAUCAAUUGAACCACGUAACAGCGUCCAGGUUAGAUGGAACAACAAAAAAUAUGUUCCAAGCAGCAGCACUGUCGUUGAAUUAAUGGACAGUGUCUACAAAGACACAGGACUCGAUUUUAGAUCAAAGAGCCAAGUUACAGUGCAACCAUCGUACAAAUCUUUUACGAAACAACACGUGAGUUUCAUAAAACAGAAAAUAGAAGCUUGGAUGAUACCGAGAACAAUCGCUGAUAGACCAGAAAUGAUCCCCCUUACACAGAAUACAGAUGAAAACAAAAACGACAACAUAGAAGUUAUUAUUUCAGAUCAAAAGUGGUGCAUUGACAAAUCCAAAGCUUUCUCUCAUAAAAUAGAAGUUGUGUUACACACAGAAAAUUUUACGAAACUAGACAAGGAACGGAGCUCGGAGUAUCUAAGGAUAGAUAUCCCGAAAGGUUUUUUUGUGGAUUCUAGUAGUGAUGAUACUAAUAAAAAUACAGUGAAUCAGUCAAGCGAUGAAGAGGUUUAUAAAAUUGUUGAGUAUGAGACAGGGAGUGAUUUGAAGAGAGAGAAAACACAACGGGAUAUCGGUGACCAUCAUAAACCGAAUAAUAUAAAGGUGACUGUAAGUGUUAAGGAGGUUAAAGAUGGUGUUUCGAAGGUUCUAGAGCCUCGUAUACAAGGGCGGCUACAGAGAGAUGUGGUCAUCCAGGGCAGUCAUGUGAACGUCCCUAGGAAAUGUGAUGUGGUUGGAGUGGGCAUCAUCACGCAAAGAGACCUUAGAGAGAUGAGGAAGCCAAUCUUAAAAAUCCAAGACGACUAUUCCGACUACGAUUCAGACUAUGACGUUCCAAAUAUGGGCAAGAAAUGCGAAUUAGCGGACAGCUUUCUGCACGAUUUCUGUCGUGAUUGGAAUCACUUAGGCAACGAGUCUUGGAGCGUAAGUGAUCCCCAUCUAAGGUACUGCUCUCAAACUAGUUUCCACCAUGAACGCCCGAAGUCUAGUCCCAACAUGUAUGAUGAGUUCCAAACGUCAGCUAUUGUGUCCUCAUGCCCUACUUCGGAGUGCAUACACUGCACUGGACCACACACACACAUGAACGAGAAUGAGAAUAAAUCGAAAAAAUGCAAAUGGUUCAGGCGCAAGAAGAAGAAACAAAAAAAGAAUAAGAAUGAAGACUACCAAAGGAUGGUACCAAAAGACUCGAUUGAAGUUUGUAAAAGAAGGAAGGUACAUGCAAUGUUGAAAUCCAAGUGGAUCUGUCCCCCGGAUUGCGAACGCCCGUACAUGUCAAUACCCAGUAGUGAGAGGGCAAAUCAACACUUGCCGACAGUAGAAUGCCCGAAAUUGAUGAAGUCUUGUUGCAAAACUGUCGAUCCGCGACCAAGAAAGCGAACUUGUAAGAAGCAUGUGUCGCUACCGGACUGUGAAACUAUGAACGACUGGUUAGCCCGACAGCUGAAUGCGCCCGAAGGUAUACUGGCGUUCAAAGGCGCUGGCGGUUGUGAGCUUUGUAAGAGGAAAGUUUGUCCAAAACAUACGAAGAUUAACCCGAAUCAGUCUUGUGAGAUGCCACGACCUCCCUGCAGAGAUUCGUGUGAGCAGAUGAAGAAACCACCCUGCUCGUCAUCUAGAUCGUCGUCUGAAAGGCGCGAAGUAACUUGUAACCCACCUCUUGUCUGUAAACCCACGCCUCCGCCAUGUCCAGGGGCAAAGUCCCCGCCUCCUUGUCCUCCUUGUCCUCCUCCGCAACGUCCUCCUUCCCCUUGUCCUAAUGCCCCUUGCCCUCCUCCCCCAUGUCCCCCAUGUCCUCCACCACAGUCUCCUUGUACUCCACCGCCGCCGAAGUGUCCACCAUCGCCACCACCUUGCUCCCCAUCACCACCGCCCUGUGCUGAACCUCGUCCAUCCCCUUGUCCUCCACCACCUUGCAGCGGAUCUACUCAUACUCCUAGAAGGUCACAGAGCUGUUUCCCUCCCCCCUCUUGUAAACCGUCACCAUGUCAGAGAAAGCCUCCUUCGCCACCUCCGUGCAGACCAACACCAUCUUGUAACAAGCCCGGCUGUAAUCAUUCUUCAUCUAACAAGAAAAUAACUCCGCCAUGCGCCAGGCAACCAAAGUGUCCCAGCAAUUCUUCGGCAAACAAGAAGCCUCCAUGUAAGCAAGGAACUGAUAGUUACAACGCUGCUCUGUACACGCACUCCCCUACGGAUUCAAACCAUUGUCCACAUGUUCGUGUUGUUACGUGUCCCUCUCCACCAGUGUGUCCUUAUUUUUCUCCUCCUCCUUGUCCUAACGCACCACCUUGCCGCCCUUCAAGAUGCAGCCUGCCACCUUGUCCACCACCACCAUGCCCACCACCACCAUGUCCGCCACCACCCUGUCCGCCUCCUCCAUGUCAACCGCCGCCAUGUCCUCCACCGCCAUGUCCGCCGCCACCAUGUCCGCCGCCACCAUGUCCGCCACCUCCAUGUCAACCGCCGCCAUGCCCUCCACCGCCAUGCUACUAUCCACCACCAUGUCCAGGCAGCCUACCGCCAUGCCGACGUCCUUCUGGAUGCUUCCCCCCACCUUGCCCACCCCCGCCUUGCCCACCCCCGCCUUGCAAACCCCCGCCUUGCCCACCCCCUCCUUGCCAACCUCCGCCUUGCCCACCCCCACCUUGUCCACCCCCACCAUGUCCACCACCACCUUGUCCACCCCCACCAUGCCCUGGAAGACCACCUCCAUGCUGGGAGCCAUGUUUCCCACCACCCCCGUGCCCAAGACCACCACCAUGCCCACCGCCACCGUGCCCGCCGCCGCAAUGUCCGCCACCGUGCAAACCCCCACCGUGCAAACCACCACCGUGCCCACCACCGCAGUGCCCACCACCGCCAUGCAAGAAACCAAAAAAGAAGCCCAUGUGUAUAGGCUCACUCCCAAACAAUGAAUGUCUCCCGGUACCACAAUGCCCGUCACGUUUGUGUAGAACUAUGCCCUGUCAAACAUCACCUCCUAUAGUGCAUAAACGCUGCUCAAAGUCCCCUUAUGAAAAGAUUUGUGCCUCGUGCUCGUCCACCUCCUUCAAACCCACGCCGGAGCCACCGUACUUCUAUUCCCCUAUACACCCCUGCCCAUUAGAACCAGAGAAAACGGAGAAAAAAAUAGUGCCGUGUGACUCACCACCAUGUAGCAAGCGUCGCCCUGAUUAUAUACCUAAACUAGAUUGCGAGAAGUCGUCAGUACCUCCUUUAUUCAAAGGUCAGCGGACGUGCGACGACUGUCGUUCCUCGGAUAACGACGAGUUUCCUUGGCCAACCAAAAACCAGAUUUCGAAUCAACCGUCCCUGUCUUCAGGGUGUAGAAGUUCAUCUCAGCCAGAGAAAAUUGUGUACGGCAAAUGUAAGAAGGAUUGUCCUAUGAUGCCUAAGCUUUCCUGUGAAACUAUUCCCUCGCCUAAGAAGGAAUGCCUGAAAAGUUGUCCGAACAGGCAGGGCACGCCACUUCCUCCGUGCAUGCCCAAAAUUAAGUGUCCACAGCCCCAACGACCUCCCAAACCCAAACCUCCUCCUCCUCCCGAACCAAUAUGCCGUCCAACUAAAUGUAAAAGCAAAUCAAGGUUACCCGGCUUAUUUCUUAAGAUGAAUCCGACGAAGAAAAGUUCUAUGUGUUCUAAAGAUUGUUUGGCCUGGGAAACUACAAAGUACAAAGGAGAGGACGGCUGUAUAAGCCUUAACUCCGAGGAAAGAAUUACUAUACGAGUGAAGAAAGACUCGCCCAGCACACAGGACCUAAGGGAAGGUUGUAAUAUAAAAGUACAAGAUGAAGAUGGAAUGACGUUAUUUGAAAGGAAGGAUUACCAGCUACAGCGAGCAGGCUGCAGCAUAAAGAGACCGUCCUUGUUAGGCGACAUGUACAGAGCAUCAGAAGUGCGCAGAGUUGCCACGAAUGGCUCAGUCCAAGCCAUAAAGGCCGAUAAAGAACGUUUCAAAGAAAUAUCAGAAGGUAAAAGUGAUGUCAGUAUAACCAACCUAAUAGAAAUUCAAUUCAAAUUGAAAGUUACACAAGGAGACAAUACAACAGAAGUUAAUAUAGCUAAUAAUGAAUUUAAAGAAAGUGAGACGGAAGAUAAAAUCUCUGAGAAAGAUACAAUGAACCAGACCCCGCAAGAAGUGUUCGUUGUAAAAAACGAAAGCGAACAAGUUAUUGACAAUUGUGAUCAGAAAAACGAUAUAAACAUCCGCAUUGUUAUAAAGAACUUUAAACCUAAGCCGGGUAAAAAUAAAAUAAAUUCGAAACAUUACGCCUACAGUAAAGACUUUGCUAAGACGAUAUCUGAAAAAUUCCACUCAGUUUCGACGGGGUACAGUGAUGUAUUGCAUGAUGAUAAGGUAUUUUCAGUACAUAGAGCGACUGUGGACCUCACAUCAUCAGUCGAAAAUGCUAAAACUCAGAGUCGUGAAGGCAUGAGCGAAUCAGUUGCAACGGCAGGAAGAAUAUUAGCAGGAUUAUCCGAACCUUCUGUAUGCCGAUGCAUUGCAACAGACCUAUCUGAUGCAAAGUGCGAAGAAGAGAAAACACUUAUAACUCAAAGGUUUAGUGACUGUAAAGACAAGAAUGAAGAACAUUCGGAAGAAAUUGGUCCGGAUGACCAGAAGUCUUCUGAAUCUACUGAGUCUGAUUCUGACGACACAGAGAAACCGUCCAAAUAUGAUACAGAGGAUUCGGACACUGACAAACAAAUAGAACGCACUGAGUAUGAACCUGAGAUAGACAAUGAACAACGAAUCGAGCAAAAGUAUGACACAUUUAUGUCUACCGAUGUCGAAGAGCGAGAGCGCGAGAACACGACAGCAGGUAUGAAACAACAAUCAAGUAGUCUAGAUGUUAUCGUUAAACCCUACACGAAAGAGGAAAAGAAAGAACUACUAAAACACAUUUUGGACAAAGCUCAAGAUGAUAAACCUAAGAACAAAGCAAGAAUGAAGAAAUUAAAAGACAUUCUUAAAGUUAUACUAACAUCUGAUAGUAGUGAGCAAGAUGACACAAAUCAGCCGUGCAAUGAAACACCGAAUGAUGAUACGUACGCGUCCCCAAAACCGAAUUACUUCCGAGACAACGACAGCAUGAAUAACUACUAUACAGUGGAAAGCAACACAGUGUUUUCCGAAGUGAAUACUUCUAAAGCGCUGCAUCCAACAGCUGAAAAUAACAGCGAAUGUAGCAGCAACAGCGAAGUUUCAGAGACAUCGCGAACCGAAUCCAGACAAGGUGGUUGUAUGUGCAGCGCUGUAGCCGCUAGAUUGAAGAUGGCUUCAAGGAUUGGAGAAGGAGGAUGUUGCUGCACUAAGCGAAGCAUUAAAAGAAAUGAAGAAAUCACAUGCGAUAUCAAACCAGACUCUGAUUUUUGUUACCUCACACCAGAAUUUAUUGAUGUUGAAACACAAAGAUCGACUUACCUUACAAGCAAAAUUAACAGCACAAAUCUGUCGAUACACAGCAGGAGUCUAAAGCAGAGUGUAGCGGGUAGUCUAAUUCUUGAAAACACAGGGCUUAAUGCAGAACUGAUGAACGAAAGUACAUGUUCCCAAAUGAAUUACGCUAGGGAAUGUGAGAUGAUGAAACUUAAACAUCAAAUACAAGCUGACAACAUUGUAAUGAUGACCGGGCACACAACUAGAAUAACAGAUAAUAGGAAUAAGGAAAGGAAAAAAUCUAAUGAUCCCACGCCAAUGAGACAUGCGUCAGACAUUUUGCAAUCUUACGAAACUAAGAAGGCUGUUUUGGAAAUUUAUACUGAGAAAACUAUCUCAGAUGACGGUGAACAUUUGGUAGCGAAACUGCCGAAAUUUGCGUAUGAUAGGGAAAAUGAGAUUCAGUCGAAUUAUGAGGCCAUAGCAACAAAUUCUUACAAGGCUGUGUGUAAGAGAAGCGUUGUAAUGUCAAUUAACAGAUAGUCGUGCAAACUGAUCGGUAUGUAUUUAUUUAUUGUGUUUUACGGGAAUCUGUGUGCAUUGUUUAGGUUCUAUUUUUUUUAUAUAUUUUUAAAUAUAUACGGUUU